AUGACGACCAGUAAACCUACUGUCAUACAGACGGAUCUCGAUAUUCUGAGUGACUACAGUCUUCAACUGAACAGAUGGUUGCUCAAACCCAUAGGCGCUUGGCCUUCAUCAUCUAUCACCACAAAAACGGAAAGGGUGGUGUCUGUAAUUUUGAUCAUAAUUUGCUACUCCCUCAUUUUAAUCACAGUAAUUCCUUGUCUAUUGCACAUAAUCCUCGAGGAUGAAGAUCUUCGUACGAAGUUGAUAGUGUUGGGUCCUCUUAGCCACUGGUCCCUCGGAGGUAUCGGUUAUACCAUGCUAUUAAUGCACAAUAAAGAAAUAAAAUGGUGCGUGGAGCAAAUAAAAAGUGAUUGGCAAGCUGUGACAAGACCAGAGGUACAGGAAAUGAUGAUAAAGAACGCGAAAUACGGUCGUUACGUGGUGGCCAUUUGCGCGACCUUUUUUCAGGUUACCAUUUUGGUCUUUAAUGUAAUCAACGGAUUAACCGAGCAGGUUGUUCAAGUUGGAAACGAAACCAGGAUCGUAAGAGUGCCACCAGUUGCGGUUUACAAAAAACUAAUACCAGUUGAUACCAGUCCCACGAACGAUAUCGUCCUGGUCGUCCAAUGCAUCUCUGGUAUCAUCGUAAGUUCUGGCUUUGUCAGUGCAUUUAGCUUAGCUGCAAUAUUCAUAGCUCAUGCUUAUGGUCAAUUGAAUAUUCUGAUGAUGUGGAUCUCGGAGUUUGUAGAUCAAUCGCGGGAGCAUGAUAAGUGUGAUCAUUUAAAUGAUAUAGGUACCAUCGUGAAUAAGCAUCUGAGUAUUAUGAAGCUGAUGGUAAACAUUUAUAUUUUAAAUUCUUGGCAGUGCAAUAAAGUUGGUGAAACCGUCUAUAUGUCGAAUUGGUACUACUUACCUAAAAAAGACGUCCUCGAACUAAUGUUUAUCAUUUCAAGAUCCUUUGUGGAGACUAAACUCACUGCUGGAAAAAUAAUUCACAUAUCAUUUUAUACGUUUGCUGGUGUGAUGAAAACCGCUUUUGCUUAUUUAAAUAUAUUACUCCAAACCAUAUGA